AUGAUCAAGUUCUGGUCAGCGGAGAAGCCGGGAGAAAAAUGCCCCAGUGAGACUGGCCCCAGGCCUGAGGGCACAGCAAACCCCGACUGUCCCCGGCGCGUUGGUGGCGGGAUGAGCAUCACAGCUCCCAGACUCCGGACCCCAGCUCGCACUUCCGCCCCGCACCCCCACCCACGUGCAUGCCCCGCAGCCGGGUUACCAGGCAACGGGCUGCCCCUGCGCGAAGCUACUGGGGCGGAAUGCAUAGGGGAAGGCAGUUGGGAGAACUUGAGCAGCAGAAAUGAGUCCGGCUGCGCCACCAGGUCCCGCCGCGCUGCGUGGCCCCGGCGCGCCCUCCCGUGGCCUCUAAGGGCGUCCGCGUCCGGAAUCGUAAGGUUGGCCUCCCUUCUCCCCAAGAAACUAAAAGCCACCUAUUAUGGUUCUGUUACAGAGAAGCAUCCGGAGGAAGAGGAUGAAGUUGAGUGCGUUCUCCUCUCAGCGUCCAAGAUCCUAAAUUCCUCUGACCGGGUAAAGGAAAGUGGUGGCAGUGAAACAGAAUAUGGCUGCAUAUCGGAAUCAGAAAAUCAAAUCCAACCACAAUCAGCAUUGAAAGCCCUUCAGCAUCAACUGGAAUCAUUUCAGGCUCUCCGAAUACAGACUUUACAGAAUGUUAGCAUGGUACAGUCCGAAAUCAGUGAAAUCUUGAACAAAAGUAUUAUUGAAGUAGAAAACCCACAAUUUAACUCAGAAAAAAAUCUAGUAUUCGGAACACGCCUUGAAAAAGCUUUGCCUAUAGAGAAUCAAGAAGAAAUCCUUUCUAUGGAGAAAAUUCAUCCUUUUGAGGAGUCUAACGCUAUUCAUUCAAUGGAAGAAAAAUUCAGCAGUGAUAGUGUUAAUAGUCUCUCUCAAGGUAUAGAUAUGACAUCCCAGAUAAAUUUCAAGGACGUAUUAACUCUGAGAACUUCAACAGACAAUUCACCUUCAAACAUAAUUAUGAAUCCUUCAGAAAAUUCUGACAUGUUGAAAAAUUAUAGUAAUCUUUAUAAUUUUCUACCUAAUGUACCUCAAAAUGUGAUGUCUCAAGCUGAUACAGUAAUUCUGGAUAAAUCCAAAAUUACUGAGCCUUUUCUCAAGCACAGAUUUUGUGAAAACUUAGAUGAUAUCUGCCAUUCUAUCAAACAAAUGAAGGAAGAGCUACAAAAGUCACAUGAUAGAGAACUGGCACUUACAAAUGAACUUCAAACUUUAAAAACUGAAAGAAAUGUUCCAAGCAAUGGUAAAUAUGAACUGUCUUCAAUUCACAAAGAAAAAAAUAAUUUUAUUAAGGAAGAAAAUAUAGAAAGUAACUUAAAUGAAGAUAUGAAAUCAAAGAGAAUUUCUGAAUUAGAGGCAUUAGUAAACAAAUCACUCCCACUCAGGGAAACAGUGUCAAAAUUCCAUGUGAAUUUUUGCAGGAAAUGUAAAAAAUUAUCUAAGAGUGAAAUACACAGGGGAAAGAGAAAUGAGAAAAACAGUAAAGAAAUUCCUAUCACUGGCAAGAAUAUUACAGGUUUAAAAUUCCAUUCCAGAGCUCUAAGACAUACACUGCCAUUCUCCGACUCAACAAAAUAUGAAAUAAAAGACAAAGAAAUGCAACCGUUAGUAAUAAAACAAGGGCCAAUAAUAUUUGAAAAUGAGAAAACAUCCAAAGUCAAUUCUGUUACUGAGCAGUGUGUUGCAAAAAUUCAGUACUUACAGAAUUACCUAAAAGAGUCUGUGCAGAUACAAAAAAAGGUAACAGAACUGGAGAAUAAAAAUCUAACCCUUAAGACCAAAAUAAAACCUCUUGUCUUUACCACACAAUCUCUAAUACAGAAAAUCGAAAUAUAUGAAAAGCAACUUAAGAAUUUGGUUGAAGAAAAGAACACUAUUCAGUCCAAGUUAAUUAAAAAAGAAGAAGAUGGUAAAGAAUGUCUUAAAGAAUUGAAAAAAAUAAUUGGUAAAUAUAAUGUUCUCAUAGGACAAAAUAAAACUCUAGAGGAAAACAACAAUCAACUUUCUUUGGAGAAGCAACAAAUGAUAGAAACAUUAGAUCAACUAAAAAGCAAAGAACACAAAACUCAAAAUGAUAUGGCCAUGGUCAAUAAUGAAAAUAAUCGUAUGAGUAUAGAAAUGGAAUCAAUGAAAUCAAAUAUUCUAUUGAUACAAGAAGAAAAGGAAAUGCUAGAGAAAAAGACAUACCAGCUUUUAAAGGAAAGAAGCUCGCUUGAAAAUGAACUGAAGGAAAACCAACUAGAGAUAAUGCAGCUAAAAGAGAAGGAAAUAUUGGCAAAAACUGAACAAGAGACACUUUUUCAAAUAAUAGAAACAGUUAAAAAUGAAAAACUUAAUCUCGAAAAAACAUUACAAGAAUCUAUUGCUGCUAGACAAAUGAUGGAAAGAGAAAUUGAGAAUAUUCAAAAAUACCAAUCUACUGCAGAGGAGAAUUUUCUGAUAGAAAUUAAAAAUGCAAAAUCAGAAGCAAGUAUUUAUAAGAAUAGUUUGUCAGAAAUGGGCAAUGAAUGUGAAAUGUUAUCAAAAAUGGUAAUGGAAAUUAAAACAGAUAAUCAGAUUCUAAAAGAAGAACUAAAAAAAAAUAGUCAAGAAAAUAUAAAAUUUGAGAAUAGCAUCAGUAGACUUGCAGAAGACAAAAUACUUUUAGAAAACUAUGUAAGAAGUAUAGAAAAUGAAAGGGAUACCUUGGAAUUUGAGAUGCGGAAUCUUCAAAGAGAAUAUUUAAAUCUCAGUGAAAAAAUCUGUAGUCAACAGAGUGACCUAUCAAAAAUGGGUUAUAUUUCAAGAAGAGAGAAAUUCCAUUUUGAAAAGUAUGAUAUUUAUGAAGACAUUUCUGGCCCUAGGAGUAGGCCUUUGGCUCCUGAUUUGAAAGGUAUGUAAUAUUGUGGUGGAUUAGUAGAGACGUGUAUAAGAUUUUUUUCACCUACUGGGCACUAGCCAGAGUUCAGUAAUAAGAAGGAAACUUUUAAGAUAAAUACAAUUUAGUCUUAUAAGAUGUGUAUCCAAUUUAUUAUACAGUGGAAUUUAGGAAUUUUGCUCUUUUGAUAAAAGUCAUGUUGUUAUUUUACUUAUAUUAUUUCUAUACAUUGUAUAUGCACAAAGCAGGGAGCAA